CGGGUUAGUCUGUAGUGAGUCGGCGAAAUAGACACAUCAGAAUCCGGGCUCGACACCAAGUCUCCGAAAGAAAGUGGAAAUGUCAGAACAGGUGUGCAGUUAUCUCACGAAGAAAAAAGGGAGCUGCACCCCCGAGCUCUCAGCGAAAUGGGCUCUCUUAGAGGAUCUCUAUAUCAAGAAGCUCUGGCAUCAACUGACCGUCGAACUCCUGAGUUUUGUCAAAGAACCUAGUCUUCAAAGCGACGGUCAACUCAUCGACCUGUACCAGAACUUCAUCAGCGACUUUGAAAACAAGAUGAAUCUGCUUUCGCUCGUCGAAAUUAUCGCUCAUGUCGUCGUGCAGAUGACCGAUCACGAGUACUGCAUGUCGUGUCUGGAGAAAACGAGGGAAAAAGUCAAGGGUAACCCAAAAGCGGUGAUCCUCUGCAACAUCCUCAUGGGGCAGAAGCUGAGGGAGAAAAAAGACAUGGACGGCGUGAAGAAGCUCAUCGAAGAGACCGAACAGAUGGUUGACUCUCUCGGGGCCGUAACCGAAGUUCAUGCGCGGUUCUAUCAGCUGACGUCAGAAUUCUACAAAGUCUCGGCCGACUACGCGAACUAUUAUCUCCACGCCCUUCGCUACCUCGGAUGCACCAAUAUCGAGCAGGUCCCGAUUGAGGAGCGUCGAGAGAAAUGUUUCACCUUGGCAUUGGCUGCCCUUCUUGGGGACAACGUCUAUAAUUUCGGAGAACUCCUGAGCCACCCGAUCGUCAGCAGUUUAGACGGCACCCCUCAGGCCUGGGUGAUCGAGCUCCUCCGAGCCUUCAAUCACGGUGAUCUCAAGAAGUACGAGGAACUCAGGCCUCGGUGGACGGAACAGCAGGAUCUGCAGGCGAACGAGCUCACCCUCAAACGUAAGAUGUGUCUACUGUGCCUGAUGGAGAUGACGUUCAACAAAGCUACGAACCAGCGAGUUCUGUCGUUCCAAGAGGUGUCGGACAAAACCACGCUACCGAUCGGUGAAGUCGAGGUAUUGAUGAUGAAAGCUCUGUCCCUUGGACUCGUCAAAGGCACCAUCGACCAGGUCGAUCAGAAGAUCACCAUGACCUGGGUCCAACCGAGAGUUCUCGACAAAGAGCAGAUUUCUCAGAUGAGAACACGUCUCGAUACGUGGUGCCAAGACGUUUCGGAUAUGACACUCCUUCUGAGCCAGAAAGCCCAUGACAUUCUGACUGUGUGAAAACUGCGAGUCUUUUUCUUACAUACGGAAUGCUAACUGAAAACCAAUAGCACAUAUGAAUAUAUAAAGUCAGAAGGAAU